UUUUAAAAAAAAAAGUGAUUUCCCUGCUUUGUCCAGUUGGUCCGCUUUUCUUCCGCCGGGUUUCUCUCCGUGAAGUGAUCUCUCCCGGAGCUUGGGGCCUUCAUCUUGUCAUAUCUUUUACACUUUUUGAUCUUCUAUUUCAAAAUCCCUCCUAAUUAGGGAUAUCUCUUGUUAUCCUAUUCUUCUUCUUAUUUUACCCUUUUCUUCAUCUUUUGAUUGAUCUCUGAUCAAGGUUGACUCCCGCUAUCUCACAUCUUGGUUCAAAGUGGUGUUUGACGUCAGUCCCACUAUUCUCCCCCUCCUGCAACUCUUGCUCUAUUUACCCGCUGCUUCUUUUUUCUUCCUUUGUCCUCGUGCUUUUGUCUUUGUACAGCACGCAUCUCCCUCCCAAUUGAUUCCCUUCCUCCCUGCAAUUGCCAUUCACAGGCCGGCGACUUUGUCCGCUGUGGCUCUCGUCACGUCCGCCUGUCCUUGCGCCCGCGUCUAGACCCCCCGCCGAAUUCCCGAACCGCCACCAUGCCCUCCUUGGAAAAAGGCCCCUCCAAUGAAGCCCGAUUGCUUCUAGUCUCCAACCGUUUGCCCAUCACCAUCAAGCGCUCCGAGGAUGGCCGUUAUGACUUUUCCAUGUCCUCCGGUGGACUGGUCAGUGGCUUGAGUGGCUUGUCCAAAUCCACCACCUUCCAGUGGUAUGGCUGGCCCGGCCUGGAAGUCCCCGAGGCGGAGAUCCCCAUCGUGAAGAAGCGUUUGAAGGAUGAAUACGGUGCCGUGCCGGUGUUUAUCGACGAUGAACUCGCCGAUCGCCACUACAAUGGAUUUUCCAAUUCCAUCCUGUGGCCCCUCUUCCACUACCACCCCGGCGAAAUAACCUUCGAUGAAUCCGCCUGGGAGGCCUACAAAGAAGCCAACCGGCUGUUCGCCAAAGCCGUCGCGAAGGAGGUGCGGGACGGCGACCUCAUCUGGGUCCACGAUUACCACCUGAUGCUGCUUCCCGAGAUGCUUCGGCAAGAGAUCGGGGACAGCAAGGUCAACAUCAAGAUUGGCUUCUUCCUCCAUACACCCUUCCCCAGUAGUGAGAUCUACCGGAUCCUUCCCGUCCGAAACGAAUUGUUGUUGGGCGUCCUUCACUGCGACCUCAUCGGGUUCCAUACCUAUGACUACACAAGGCAUUUCCUCAGCGCCUGUUCGCGAUUACUUGGCUUGCCAACUACCCCGAACGGAAUCGAGUUUCAAGGGAAGAAUAUUGCCUGCGGCGCAUUCCCGAUCGGCAUCGACCCGGAGAAGUUCCAAGAGGGCCUCAAGAAAGAAAAGGUCCAGAAACGCAUCGCCAUGCUGGAGCAGAAAUUCCAAGGCGUAAAGCUCAUGGUCGGCGUUGACCGUCUGGACUAUAUCAAGGGUGUCCCGCAGAAGCUGCAUGCCCUCGAGGUGUUCCUCAGCGACCACCCAGAGUGGGUUGGUAAGGUUGUCCUGGUCCAGGUCGCGGUGCCGAGCCGGCAGGACGUGGAGGAAUAUCAAAAUUUGAGGGCCGUGGUGAACGAACUCGUGGGCCGGAUCAAUGGCAAAUUCGGCACCGUGGAGUUUAUGCCCAUUCAUUUCCUGCACAAGUCCGUCAACUUUGACGAGCUGCUUGCGCUCUACGCCGUCUCCGAUGCCUGCAUCGUGUCCUCCACCCGAGACGGGAUGAACCUCGUCGCCUAUGAAUAUAUCGCGGCGCAGCGAAACCGCCAUGGCGUUCUAGUCCUCUCCGAAUUCGCGGGAGCCGCUCAAAGUCUCAACGGCAGUAUCAUCAUCAACCCGUGGAACACGGAGGAGUUAGCUGCUGCGUACCAGGAGGCAGUGACCAUGAGCGAUGAGCAGCGGGCUCUUAAUUUCUCUAAGCUCGACAAAUAUGUUAAUAAGUACACAAGUGCCUUCUGGGGCCAAUCCUUCGUCACCGAGUUGACUCGGAUCUCCACGCAAGCGGCGGAGAAAUUCCAGUCGAAAAAGGCGGCCUUGUCUAAUAAUAAUACGAAUGGCUCCGAGUACGUCCGUGGAUUGGAGGUUCCCAGUCAAAGUUGAUUUCAUUCUUUUUCCACUCCCAAGGAAAAAGACCAAAAAAAAAAAAAAAAAAAAACAUUUCCUAUCAUGCGUGAAUGAAUGGCUCCAUGUCUUUAUUUACGCUGUUCAUGCUCUGAACAUCUGGCGUAACUCUUUUUCUCCCCUCACUCUUUCCCGUUGAUUCCUGUUAUUUUCUCUGGUUCUUUUCGGUCGCUUGCAUGAAACACGAGGCGUACCUGUUAAGCUUCGGUCGGGCAUAGGAGAUUGAUGGUGUUGGUGGCUUCCAUGUAUAUGAAAUUCGGGUUAGAUAUCUAUGUCACUUGAAGCAUCUCUCCAUA